GAGGUUUGGUUCCAUUUUUCACAGAAAAGUUUAUACAGAAAAAUCAUCUGAUGAACUUCAUCUCACUGUUGAGAGCAGCACGCUCGCCAGAUCCAUCAAUAAUCCCCUCACUGUCACGAGGCCUGUGCUGAUGAUCAGACUGCUUUAGAACUCUAGUCUGGAAUCCCAAGUGAUUGAACUGAAGCUCAAGGAGCUCGUCCUAUCCGCUUAAAGGGACCAGUGUUCCCAUGACGACCAUGGACUCCAUCAGUGUAAAAUGGAAGAAGGUCUGGAACCAUGGUGUCUUUUCUUAAAGCUGCCUCAAUAGCAGAGCUUCAGAAGGUCUCCUCAGAGAUGGAAGAACAUGCCAGGAACUGUCUCAGACAUGCAUCAGUCACACCUAGAGUAGAUAGGUGGCUCCACCUAUGUAGAAGGUCUGAUGAGACAAAAAAUGACUUCAAAGUCCAAGUGCUACAUCUGAAAUAAAAAAAAAUCCCCACAGUGAUUAUAUAUUGCUGCAUGAACUGAAAAACUUUUCAUUUUUCGGAUCCUUCACAUCUAAAGUUCAUCUGAUCCACCAGAGGUCAUGAAGACCCACAUUCCGUCCCCAGCGUCGGCGAUCUUCCUCUGGGUUUGGUGUUCGACUUUCCCCCCGACUCACGGCACCGCGGCGUGUCCAAAUCUCGGCCCGUCCGCCGCAGAAUCUCCUGCUCUGGAGUCAUUGGCAUGCCGUAACGACUACAUCACACACAUCCGCUGUAGCUGGACAGAAGUCAACGGUCUUCCUCUUUCUCUUUUCCACCUGGACGAGGAUGAGCACAGAGUGUCGGCCUGUGUCCCCGGUCCUCCGACGGCCCAGAAUGCAUCGGGAGUAAAGAGAUCACAGUGUCGAUACAACACUUCGCUGUUUGCCAUCGGCUUCGAUGAUGUGUUCUUCUUUUACACGCCGCACGCUCAGGGCCUUUCAGGAAGCGUGAGGCUCACACGGCACGGAAACAUCACAGCAGACUGGACAGAUGUUCAGCUGGUCUCGAAACCGUCCUCGACUCACACCUUUAACCCGAGAACUUCACAUCAGACCGCUGGUGAACUGAGAGAGGACGACAGGAAGAGUCUGACCGUGACGCAGAACCAAAGAACAAACAACGGUUUGAAUGUCAUGAGUUCGACAGGUGCCCUCCCUGGCCCUUUUAACCUGCAGUGUGUGUAUGACGGCGAGCGUGAGGUGAAGUGCAAGUGGCAGAUGAUGAAAGAACUGGCACAGUACGUCAUCUACAACCUGUCAUAUCGCACACAUCUUCAUGCAACCUCUGAGUUGUGUUGCACUGGAUUAGAUGCUGCUGCUGCUGCUGAUGAUGAUGAAGCUAUCGUGAAGUUCUCCUGUUCAUUCUCUAUACCUGAAGCCGAAACGCUGCUCCUGGCUCUCCAUACACACCCCAGGACCAAAGUCUUCCAGUCGCACAAACACAUUGAACCUCCAGCUCCAGUGGACAUGCGUGUUGAGUUGAUGGGAGACGACUGGGUCCUGAAUUGGACUCUUCCUAAAUAUCGGACCAUCCCAAUAACCUCUGAGUUUAGAUACUGGAGCAGCACCUCACCCGAGUUAGCCGAGACGCUUCGCCUCCAUCCAGGUGUGAGCGUGUGUGUCAUAGCGGAAAGUUCUCUGCGUUCUUCCACCAGUUACCUUGCUCAGGUGCGCUGCAGCGUGAGUCCACAGAGGGGUCAAGGGUCACGGUAUGCUGGCUAUCCUUCAGACUGGACCAAACCUGUUCACUGGACCACACGGGCAGCUCCAGCAUCAGUUUCAGUCUGGAUGUAUUUCCUCUUGUCAGUGAGUGUGAUCGUGGCCCUCAUACUUAUGUACCUCAUUUUGCUGGCAUUUCGCAGGAGGUUUAGAGUGUGGGAGGUGUCUCUUCCCUCUCCUUUCAAGAGUAAACUGAUGGAGACAGUUUGCCAGGUUCACACUGAGGAGCUGCUCUGUUACGCGGAGAUGGAUGAUCCCUGUCUGAGCCGAGUGUGUGUCCUGGAGAACGUACAGCUGAAUCUCCACAAAGUUGAUCAGGGACAUGAUGACGUCACAAUGCUCCAUGCUGCUUUCUGCGAUGGAACGAACCACUACACUUCCCAAGAGGGGAGAGCUGCGUCUGAAUUUACUACACUAAUGUGGCACUGCCCUUCAUUUCCACCAUGUUCUGAGCACACAGGAUUUGAAGCUUUAAUGUGCGAUGACAGACUUACUCUCCUCACCUCUGCUUCCCAAAAUACUCUUCAUCCAUGCUCAGAAGGAUACCAGCGGAACCCUGCGUUGUCUUCUUCAGAUGUUUAAAUUGGUGCUUUUGGAAUUAAGAUAUGUUUUUAAUGAUUUAUGUUCCCUUUUUCCAAUCCAGUCCUGUAUAUAUUUCUUUAAAGUUUUUCUACAACCAGGGCUCUACCACUGUAGAUAUUUAGGGAGACAUGGUAAUUAAAUAUGGCCAAAUCCCCCCCCCCAUAUAUUUGAUAUUUUUGAUGAUGUUGUUCUGCACUCCAUUACUCACUGCUGUGUAUGUUGUUAGGAUGACAAAAAGUUAAAUACAUACAUACUUAGAUACAU